ACUCUCACCCGACAUUGCCCACUUCAUCACAACCUCAGACAUGACAACGAUGACCCCUGCGCCGGCGCCGCCGCCGUGGAGCCUCCGCGCGACCAUCUACACCAUCCCGCUGUACACGACGGCGAGCGUGGCCGCCUCGCGGGCGUUCAAUGAGGCCGCGUACGCGCCGCUCGAGGCCGCCGCCCCGUUCGCGUCCAGCACGCUCAGUACCCCCGUUGGCGGGCUCAGCAUGGUCCAGCUCAUCCGCUACAGCUCGUCCCCGGUCGGCGCGUACGAUGAGAUGCUGCUCAUCCCCGGCAAGUUUCGCUACGUGGUCGACGGCAAGGACGGCAAGCGUGAGAGCAAGGACGCGCUGCGUGUGACACGAAUCUACGUUAGUCAGCGUGAGACGUGCUACAACGGGCGCAAGAACUGGAACAUCCCCAAGCACCUCGCGCGCUUCGAGUGGGUCGACAAGCCGGAGGGCACGACGAUCAAGGUCUUCCCGCUGCACAGCGACUCGCCGGACCCGUACUUCCAAGCGACGUUCACCGCGUGGUCAUACGUGCCCGCGCUGCCCGUGUCGACCCGCGCCCUCAGCAGCCUGGUCGACAUGACGCUCGUGCAGCCGCCUCUGCCCUCGGGUGCGGGCGAGCCGGGCGACGCCGCCGCCCUCGCGGGCACCGAUACCUGGUGCAAGGUCGUGCCGUACAUCUACUCGCCGCGCGCUCGUCUCGGCUGGAUCGACCUCCAGCAGGCUGGCGGCGGGCCGUUCGCGCCGUUCUCUGCUCGCCGGUGGCUCGUCGGUGCCAAGCUUGAGGACGCGGUCGUCGAGUUUGGGGAUGGUGAGACGUGGGAGACGCCGGCGUCGAGCGAAUAGUGUGGAGGA